AUGUCCUUCGUCACAUCUUUUCUUUUCUACAGCAACGCAAUUCGGGCACUUUAUCAGCUCUCGCGCGUACUAGUCACUCAAUUCACGAACUUGCUGUUGACCUCCUUUGGGAAAAUCAACAAACGCUCUGGCCACUUGCUUCCGACUCGCGCUCUACUCUACUCGACAUGGGAUAGGGUGCUUUAUUACGGCUCUUGCAUCCGGGGAAUUCCGGCGCCAGGCGCUGCACUAGGCUGCCUCACGGAAAAAUGCUCUAUGCUGGAGCAAGUUCACAUCUUUUCUGCGAUCUGUUGCUAUGGUGUCGGUGGACUACACGCACCCGUAUUCUCUAGCGGGCAGAACUAUACGUUGGUUUUGUAUUGGAUAACCCGUGUUCUAGAAGGUUUGGCACCCUCAGGAAGCUUAGGCUGUGCGCGGCAGCUGUGGAACAUACCACAGCGAUUUUGGAAAUUAUUGGCUCCCAUUUCGAUAGAGGCCCUUUUGCUGUGGGUGGAUGGACCUGUGUCGGUCCUUGCCUUCUACUCGCUUGCGAAGCUAUUGUCUCCCAACCGGACCGAUGAAGGUCAGCUAAAGUUCAUCAGUAUCAAAAACUUCAAGUUCAUAGCGAAGAAUUUUUUUGCACGGCCAUUCGACCCCGUACCACUGAGCCAAGGGACUCCAGUCCCUAUGAUAUCUCCGCUAUUUGCACUUCAUGACUUACGUAGCUUCAAGAUCGAUGUUAUGAAUACGGUUGCUGCUGGCCACGCCAUUGGCGGGCUGAUGCCGGCGCUUUGCAGAGAUGAUCUAGAGACCAUUCCUCAGGCAUGGAAGAAUAUCGAAGAACUAGAGUUGCAGUGGCUGAGAAGUGGCACAGAGAAAGACGCACGUAUUGACGACAACGGCGAAAUAUGGGAGUCAGAGGAACCUACUCUGGCCGAAGUUGCGCUCCUGGCCAGUCGGUGUGAGAAACUUUUUUCACUAGGAAUAUGGUUCAACGCCCAGGACUGGUUUGAUGAUGACCUGACAAUGGAUUCCAAUGGAGAGGUAGAAGCGGAAGAUCUGGCAAUGUUAUACGAAAAACAAGAAAGACGCACCAACACCCAGGGCGCAUCGUCUCAUGCUGCUGCCAUCAGCGCACAUCUGGAUCACUCGAACGGAGGACCGUCAUCUAGGCCGUAUGUGGUGCGGUGGACGAACCCCCUUGUACCUUAAUUCACGGGCUACUAGUACCUUAACAAGAUAAAGGCCGACUCGAGCUUCGCCGGCAGGAACGCUAUUCCAC